AUGUUGUCUCUUAAAUCGCUGUCAGCCUCGCUGAUAGGCGCCCUGAGCCUGAGCGCUGGCGCGUCUGCAGCCAGUAGCUCGGGUCUUGUAGCCUCGACCUAUUUCGCUGGCUUCCAUGCCAACCGAGGCUUCCCUGUCUCGGCUAUGCCAUGGGAUAAAUACACCGACGCCAAGUACUCUUUUGCUGAGACCACUGAAGACGGUGGACUUGAUCUAUCCCAGUCUCAGCCUGAAGAGCUUAGCUGCUUUGUCACUGCCGCCAAGAAGAACGGAGUCAAGGCGCUUGUCUCCAUCGGCGGCUGGACAGGCGCCAGGUACUUCUCUACCAACUUUGGCAAUGAGAAGAACCGCACAGCUUUUGUCAAGACAUGUGUAGACUUUGUCAAGGAGCAUGACUUGGAUGGUCUGGAUUUUGAUUGGGAGUAUCCCAACAGACAGGGCCUUGGUUGCAACACCAUCAACGACAAUGACACAGCCAACUUUUUGGAGUUUUUGAAGGAGCUUCGUCAGGACCCUGUUGGAAAGGGUCUCUAUCUGACCGCUGCUAGCUCUCUGUUUCCCUGGAACGACAAGGCUGGUUCUCCAUCCAAGGAUCUUCGGGGCUUUGCUGAUGUGCUGAAUUACAUCAUGAUCAUGAACUACGAUCUUUACGGUGCCUGGUCUACCGUAGCUGGCCCCAAUGCCGCGCUCUCUCGAUCCUGCGACGAACGCAACACCAUGGGCGCUGGUGAUGAAGCCGUCGCUAAGUGGAACGACGCCGGCAUCCCCGCUUCCCAGAUCGUCCUUGGCAUGCCCAACUAUGGCCACGGUUUCAAGGUUAACGCGACAUCUGCCUUCAGCCGAAACCACAAGCUCAACCUAUACCCUGCUCAGAACUCCACCGACCGCUUCCAGGGAAGCAGCUGGGACAACGAUCCCCUCAUCGACGUUUGUGGAAACCCUAACCCCCCUGGUGGAACCUAUCCUUUCUGGAGUCUUAUCAAGGAGGCCAAGUUCCUCGAUGCGAAGGGUAACCCUGCACCUGGUAUUGCCUAUACUUGGGAUAAGUGCAGCAAGACGCCAUUCCUUUAUGACGAGAAGACAGAGAUCUACGUCAGCUAUGAUAAUGCACGAUCCUUCGGCGAGAAGGGUAAGUUUGUCAAGGCCAAGGGGCUCGGAGGAUUCGCUACCUACGAGGCGGGUGGCGAUUACAACAACAUUUUGAUCGAUGCUGUUCGAUCAGCUGUUGGACUAUCUUAA